AUCUAGUCCGGAGGGCUUACUUCCUGGUUGGUAGUCGGGCGGCCCAGGUGAUAGGCCGCCAACACCCGCCCAACUUUCUCCCCUAUUGGUUGGGGCUGCCGCGCUCCUCGGUAAAGACGCCGCACUUCGGAUAGGUAGAGGAUCCCGCAGGCUCGGAGCUCUGGUGACCCGCUCGCGCCAUGGAGUCUCAGAGUCGUCCGCGGAGGCCGCUGCGGAGGCCUGAGACUUUGGUUCAGGGGGAAGCGGCCGAGUCGGACUCGGAUCUCUCUGCGUCCUCGUCGGAGGAGGAGGAGCUGUACCUGGGCCCCUCGGGCCCAACGCGCGGCCGCCCCACGGGACUGCGAGUGGCUGGGGAGGCCGCGGAGACCGACUCAGACCCAGAGCCGGAGCCGAAGGCCGCGCCGCGGGACCUGCCUCCGCUCGUGGUGCAGCGGGAGACGGCCGGGGAGGCCUGGGCGGAGGAGGAGACCCCGGCGCCCGCCCCCGCGCGCUCGCUGCUGCAACUCCGGCUGGCUGAGAGCCAGGCGCGGCUGGACCACGACGUAGCGGCCGCGGUGAGCGGCGUGUACCGCCGCGCGGGCCGUGAUGUGGCCGCCCUGGCCGGUAGGCUGGCGGCUGCCCAGGCAGCGGGAUUAGCUGCAGCCCACAGCGUGCGUCUGGCGAGGGGGGACCUCUGCGCGCUGGCGGAGCGUCUGGACAUCGUGGCCAGCUGCUGCCUGCUGCCCGACAUCCGCGGUGUGCCGGGGACCGAGCCUGAACAAGACCCGGGACCGAGAGCCUAGCCAUGACCCACUGUCUCCACUGACUGUUCCCUGGGGGUAGGCCUUGCGGCCUCUUGACCUGGCUCUCUGCUCUGUUUAGCCACCCACCCAUCUUGCUGUCACCCUCAGGGAUAACCUCGCCCCUGGAUAAUGCUGUGUGUGUUUGUGUGUGUAUGUGUGUGUGUGUAGCCCUGCUGGACCAUAGCAUCUGGUUCCUCCCCCUGGGCUUGGCCUUUGCUUCCUGGUUCAGAGGUUGUGUCUGAAACUUGACUCCAGCUCCUGGGUACCUAGCUUCCCUUUGAUCUAUCUCCCUCUUAAGGGCUCAUGGAGCCUCAUCUUUCCUUUCUCUGCCUUCCUCAGUUUGGUUUCUGUUCACAGGGGCUGGACCUGAUUUCUCCCCACGGUAGCCCCAGAAUCCGGUUGAAUGUCGAUUCCCUGAUAUCUUCCUUUACUCUGUUUACUCCCUCGGCUCUAUCUCUCCUUGCCCCGCUUCUGGAAUUUUGUCCCUCUAAUCUGGACCCUUUUUCUACUUCUUAGGCUUGGCCUUCAUUCCAUCUCCGCCUUCUGGUCCUUGCUCUGCCACCUCUUGGCUCCUUCUCCUUGGGCUUAGCGCUACCCUCUUGGCCUCAUCUUGUUUCCUGGGUCCAGCUGUACCCUUAGUUUUGGUUCUGCUUCUUUCUGCUCCCAUUCUGUUUAAACUACCUGCUUACGUCUGGAGUCCAGGGAUCCCCUAUGAUUUUCUUAAUCAGGUCCAAGAUGAGGCUCCCUCCUGACCCAAGGAGGUCUCCCCGCAGCUGUCCAGGCCCAAGGUGACAUCUCCUCCAGGCCCAAAUUGGUGUAUCCUUCCCGCCGCCCCCCGCCAGGCCGAGAUUAUGCCUCCUGCCCAAGCUCCAGGUAUGAGCUCCAGGCCUCGGCCUGACUCACCAGGCUGAGAGUGCCCCCAGCAGGCACUGAGGGCCCAGUACAGACUCACCCUGGAACUUUAUGUGCAAUAUGACACCACUUUGCAGAUAAGGACCACAGUGGAGUUUGUUUGUUCACUAUGUUCCUUGGAGGCUAUGGAUGCUAAACGGCUUGGAUUUCUGGGUUAGCUCCUUCUGUCUCCUCCUCCUCACUGCUCCCUCCUCUCCCAGCCCCUGCCCCUCAGUCCCAUUCACAUGUAUUCCCCUCCCCCACUCUCUUAUCCCAACCUGAGCUGAGAUCUGAGCUCCCAGGAUGAAGAAAUGCUGAGGAAGAGCGUUGUAUGGCAAACUCAUUAAAACUCAAGACAUUCACUGAUAUGAUCAGUUCCUCUUAUCUCCCCAUCUAAGCUGGGGGCUGGUCGGUUGGCGAUUCUACUGCAAAUGUGAGUCCCAAGAAAGGGAAUCCUUCCUACCUGGCCGAUUGAAAGUAGACCUGUAACUAGGAAAUUGGGGCCCCAAGUUUUUUCACCCUGGUUCUGCACUUACAUGCAUUUUGUUCAUUCACCACACAUUUACUGAGCUCCUGUUCUCUGCCUGUCCUGAGCCAGUCACUGGGGAUGCCCCACCCAAGCUGGACCCUCUCAGAGCUGACAAUCCACCAGGGAAGACAGACAUGAAAAUGUUAUUGUAUAAGUGGAUAGUUUUAAUAAUUGUAAUUAAACUUUGACUGUAA